AUGGCCUCCGUCGCCCAACGGCAAGCGCAACCAGCGCAACCAUCCACCAGCCAAACCGCCGCCCCAACCCAAACGCAAACCGAUACCUCUGCCCCGGCCAUCUUGCGAUUACGCGGCGCACACUCGAACGGGCGAUCAGUACAAUGGCGUAGCGAUGUCGUUGACAACGAAGGUCUUGGCAGGAAGAAGUCCAAAGUCUGUUGUAUCUACCACCGACCAAAAGGCGUAGACGAGUCCAGCGACGAUUCCUCUUCCGACUCUUCUUCAUCCUCCGAUUCUGAUUCUGAUUCCGAACCUGAUAUGGAUAAACGCAUCACAUCUGGCGGCGGCGGCGGUGGCGGAAGUGGUGGAAGUGGUGGUAGGGGCUGCCACGGACACUCCUCCCAUAACCAUAACCAUGAUCACGAUCACGGAGAAGGCGGCUGUAACCAUGAUCAUGACGGGCGUGGGAGGAAAUCCAGCGAUAAAGGGAAAAAGAAGAGGGAAAGGAGACCGAGUCCGAAUGCGUAUGAGAAGAUGCCCAAGUAUAAGCCGAAGGAUGGAGGAGAAGCUGGUGGGCCUUCGAAUCCAGGGCCGCAGGGACCGACGGGGAGUAAAUAA